AUGACCGAACAUACUAUUGCACUUGAUAAUCCAGACGCCAAGACUGCUGACCUUAGCCUUAAGCUCCGACUCGAAGACAUCGAAGACUUCCGUGCUUGCUCCAAAGACAAGAACCGAAAUGGCGUGCUCAACAUUGCCCAGAUGGCACUGUCAUUGCUUGAGGAGAAUCUCGAAGGCAUGCGCUCAAUUUGGUCUCACCGACAAAUGACCCAAAGCAUCGCGAAUGCUGUACAAGCGGAUGGUGAGGCCAUUGCGAAUGUUGUCAGUGAAGAAGAGCCUGCUUGUGAAGACCACGCAUUGGCACAUCGCCUAAACGAAACCGCUGUCGCCUCCGAAGUCCACGUCCAGCCCGGUGACCUGAAUGUAAAGAUCCUUGCGAAACCUGCUGGACGAUACAUGUCUGAGGACGUCGGCUAUGGGCUGUUUAAGGACGCAAGAGCUAGGGCAGAUUGUGAGCCAGAUCAGAAUUAUCAGGAAGAAGAUUCUGUGCAAAGAUCCGCUCGUAAGCAGGAACUCAACGAAACAAGGGAGCUCCAAUGCAUUGCCUUGCAACGAGGUCAAGAAGUUCUUCGACGUUAUCUAGGUACCCUGUGGCCGUGGCUAGUGCAAACCAUGUUUGCAAGUCCUUGUUGA